GGAUACUUGCUUUAAUGCAUUUUGUCUGCCAGAAAUGGACUCAAAAAAACAUUGAGAAAGUCGAAAGUUUGACAGCAAAUUGGUGAAAGAAGCUCCAAGCAGAAUGCUCUCGUCAAAGGACAUAACUACACCGAAAGGUUCUAUAAUAUCGUUAGUAAAUAAGCUAUGUGAAAAGAUAUUUUACGAGAAGAACUGUACAAACGAGAAUGAUGCAGUGAAAGUUCGUUUCAAUGGGAAAAUAUGUCAGCAUUUACGAAAUAUCGUUUUUGAUCGUUUGAUUUUCAACAAACAAAGAGAGGAGGAAAGAAAUUUUACUGUAAAACAAAGAAUAUGCGUGGAAGGCUUUAAAUUAAGAGUUCGUGGACUCGUUGAUAAGGCUGAAAAUUUGGAAAGGCUUCUUUCAGUUCUUGAAUCGACCAGCAUUUAUUGCUCUGUUUUUUGUGGAGAGUUGAAAUCAGUUAACGAGAUUGAAGCCAUUAUCAAUGUCUUACUUCUUCUAUCAAAUCAGACGCAAAUAUUUACUCAAAAACUUGCGAAGUUUGGAAAAAAGAACACCAUUAUCUGGUGUGAUUGCAGUUUCUCUUUCUUGUAUUUAUCUGCUCUUGUUCCUGUGAGUUCCAUCACAGAAGGUUUGCCUGUAAAUGAAGUUAUCAACUAUGAAUUUUAUCCAAAUGAAAUCUUUGAAACUUCACCAACAUUUGGCAUUUCAUAUGCUCAAAGAUGUCAGUAUGUUGAGGAAUUAAUACCAAGCAAUGUGUUCAUUCAAAAGCCUGGAGCUCGUACUAAAUGGUUCAACUCAGACAUGAGCAAGGACCCAUUUUUGAAAAGCACUCAAGAUUCUCUGUAUAAUGCUCUAGUUUAUAGUGAAACAUCGAAUAUUCAUAUAAAAUUAGAAGUUCCAGAACUUUCAUCUUGUCCUCAUGAAUCAAGAUGGAUACCUAAGCUUAUGUCUAUGGCAAAAGAGGUGACUGAAGAUGAAGGUUUUGAAGAUGCUGACUCGUCACAAUCAUCAGCCAUUACAACCGACUCAGGUGUGAAUAGUCUGGACAUUUGGGACGAAGCUCUUUCUUAUCAACCAUCAAAUUUUCAUACUUGGGAAUCUAAGGGACAAAGUGAAACAGAGGGAUGCAAACCAUACCUUAGUGAAUCAGGAGUAAAUAUCAUGGAUCAAUUGUAUGACAUGAGAAUGAAUGAAGUGUGCUUUCUCAUUAAUGCUUCAUGUCCAGUCUUCAAAUAUUUUGAUAUGAAAGUUUUUGUCAGAGAUUGUCUUAUGGUUCUGAUAGGUGUUUCAUCUAAUGUCUUUAUAAUAAACAAGAAGACAGCCUCUUUUCAUGUUGCCACCAACAUCCGUCUAAAAGGUGUCUCACCAGAGUCGUUAAACCAAAUGUUAAACAAACUGGCGGAGACUGGAACGAAUUAUUAUCGGCUUAAUAAAUUUACUCACUGUGAACAGACAUAUGAAGUCAAGAGUUGUGUUUUGAAAGCAUUUUUAUGUGGUUUGGAAACCUGUUUACAACAAUACAGACAGUUGGUUGUUCAAAAGAAAGUUUCAUCUAUACCAAGUAUUGCAAAUGUCGUGGAGCUAUUUCGAGAUCAAGGGCUCAAGUUGAAGUUCCUAGCGGAUGUCUGCAUGUGUACGCAAGGUUUCAAUAGAGCAAUUGGACAACCAAAGCCUAGAUUUCCACUGGGGUCAAAGUUGUUGACUUAUUUGUACAAUCUUUGUCUUCAAAACAUGAACUCAAGUGUGUCUUCGAUGUUGCUUUAUCUAUUUAAAGUCAGUUGCACUCCGUACUUCAGAUAUCUCCAACAGUGGAUUUAUAAGGGAAAAUGUAUUGAUUUUUACAAAGAGUUCACCAUAUAUGAAAAUGAUAUCUAUUUAUGUCGUAGAGAUAAACGAUACUGGAGUGAUGGCUACGUCAUGUCUAAGCAAGAUAUUCCACUGUUUCUACAAGACCUAUGGAAAGAUAUUUUUGUUUGUGGUAAAUCUAUCAAUUUAUUGAAGCUAUGCUGUCCUCAGCAUUAUAUAUGCAGUAACAACGUGGAGAUUCCUAAUUUGACCAUAACAUACUCGCUGGAUUCAAUUAUAAAGAUAUCGGAAAAUAAUGAUCGAUAUCUUGAGGAAAUGGAGUUAACUCGAGAGGGAAUUGACAAGGAAAGAGAAAAAAAUAAAUCUUUUAAGGAAGAUAUGAAACGAAAUGAAGUCUUAAACAUGAAGAACAAAGUGCGGAGUGAAUUAAACGUAGUUCAAGAUCUGGUAACUAGAGCGAAGGAAGCUCUUGCAGAGAAAAAGAGAAAAGAUUUGGGUUUUCUUAAACAACAAAUGGAAGACGCGAUUAAUAGGAAGUUGUUAGAACGGAGUCGAGAAGAAAAAGAAGACAGGCGUUUUUUAAGAGAAUCUUUAAGAUAUGACGUCACAACUGCAAAAAUUGAUGAUGAACAGUCUGAACAAGCGAGACUAGAUCUGAUUCGUUAUUAUGAAGAAUUGACAAGAGAAGCUGAUCUCCGUGAGAAACGUGCCAACUGGAUAGCCAACCGUCAUUCUCUGAAGAAUCUUCGAGAUGAUUUCUUGAAGUUAGAAUACGAAAAAGAGAAUAAUAUGAAGAAUGAAAUUGAUGAAGAACAAAUGCGUCCUGAAAAAUUUGAUGUCGAUAAGGAUUCAACUAUCCAAAAUGAUAUAAAUAUAACAACUAAAUCUUUAAGUCAAGAGAAAAACCUUUUUACAAAAGGAUCACAAGCCAUGCAGUCAACUGUUCAAGAUUUAAUGUAUCCUCCUAGCACGAUAAACGAUAAUGAUGCUCUGCCAUCAACUGAUAUCCCUAUGCAUACAUCCUUAUCCAAAGCUACUGACUCUACUGUUCAAGAUUUAAUGUAUCCUAGCAGUGCGAAGAAUGAUUUUGGUUUACCAUCAACUGAUGUCCCUAUUCAUACAUCCUUAUCCAAAGCUACUGACUCUACUGUUCAAGAUUUAAUGUAUCCCAGCAGUGCGAAGAAUGAUUUUGGUUUACCAUCAACUGAUAUCCCUAUGCAUACAUCUUUAUCCAAAGCUACUGACUCUACUGUUCAAGAUGUAAUCUAUUCCAAUGAUAAUAUAUCAAAUCGUUCAUAUGUCGCAAGCACUUUAUCACAAACUUCAUCGUCUCAUCAAAUAUUUACAACUGCGGUCAAUCACGCUGCUAAUAAUGAUUACGUGUUGACGUCAACUUCUAAGGACUCUGGUCUUGAAACAUCGAGACGUUCUAUGGAUUCAACAGCACAAAACCUCCUUUAUCCAUCACGAGACGAUCACGUGUCACCGUAUCGUAGUACACGUGGUUCUGGCGCGGCUUUUCAAUCGACUAUCCAAGAUAUAAUGUAUACUGACAGUUCCGAAACGAAGUCAUCAACUCCAGAAAUAUCAAACGAAGAGAAAGAUAUGUUUUACAAAGCACGUGAUGCCCUCGUGUCGUCUUCAAAAAUAUCACAUCGUGUGGAAGAAGAGAGCGCAAUGAAAGGUAUUCUUUAUCCACGUGAACUUAGUGAUGAACGUCAACAAACAGUAAGAGGUACCAGAGGUAAAGCUCCUUCAAGUACCAUUGAAAAUAUCAUUUAUGGUGAAGCAUCAUCACAUGUAACAUCAAAGCAUAUUGAAGAAGAAGAAAAACCUAUAAAAAUAGAGGAUAUUUGGUUUACUUCGCAGGUGGAGUAUCUUCAGGAUGACUUCAAUAUUUUAGACGAGAAACCAUACGGAGAUUUUAUAUCUAGAGUUCUUUCAAAACACACCAAUAUUUCACAAAGUAAUGAAGAAAAUGAAGACGUAAAUGAUGCUUAUGAAAUCCUGUGUUUACCUACAAUAAUAAAACAAUGUAUUUCACGAUCUCUUACAACUCAAAUUAACUUGGUCAAUUUAACUGUGGUUCGUUAUUUCAUGGACGAUUUAAAGAUCAUUAAACAUUUUGAAACGCUCAAGAAAUUUCUUCUCAUGGAAGAUGGCGAGUUUUCAUUCUCACUUACACAGCAACUGUUUGAGAAGAUUUCUUCAGGUGAAACUCCCCAACAACUAUGUAACAUCUCUGUAUUAAAUGGCAUUAUGACACACUCGAUCCAGUCCUCAGUUUACGCCUCACAUUCGGAAAACUCACAAAGUCUGUCAUUCGUACUAAACUCCGUCCCUCAUGUGUUUAAAAGAUACGAUGUAAAGGUUUUUGACUUUAUUGAAUUAAGCUAUAAGAUCCACUGGCCUGUCAAUAUAAUUAUUACCGAAAGCUGCAUGACAAAGUAUAACAGGAUAUUUGCCUUCUUCGUGGAGUUAAAAAGAACAGCUUGGGUGUUAAAUGACGUACGACGUUUUCUAAAACGUGCAGAUAAAAUUGCGUAUCACAGUUCUCAGCUGCACAAGGUCCAUCGCUUUCGACACGAGAUGAAUCAUUUUGUAAAUGACAUCCAGGGAUAUGUGUCAAAUCAAAUACUUCAUGUUAGCUGGCAAGAAUUCAUGUAUUCUUUACACAACAACGUUUACAAUGUUGACGAUCUUCAUGAUUCUCAUGCUCGUUAUCUCAAUAAAUCCUUAUUUCGUGCUCUUCUCAACAAGAAGGCUGCUCCAGUAAUGAAAAUUAUAACUGAUCUCUUUCAAAAAGUAUUGAACUUUUAUACAUUGCUUGUAUCGUCAUCGUGGAUCAUCGAUUCUACGUCGGGUACUGCCGUCCACCCAAGUUUUUCUUUACUUUGCUCGACGUACGAUUCAUUUAGAGAGAGCACAUGUUUUCUUCUUACUGUGAUAACGAAACUUGUAAAUCGUGGUUAUCAGCCUCAUUUGGAGGAACUUCUACUUAGAUUGAAUUUCAACUUUUAUUAUGGAAAAGAUAUUUAAGCGAGACCUUGACGGUAGUAGGUAACGCAUAACGCAUACUAAACAAAAAACAAAUAUUUUUAUUGACUAUUAAAAGUUAGUUGAAGUUCAAGAUUAGACCUUUCAUGGGUAGAUCCACCAAUAUAUUGUCUUCUUUGAUGGAAUGAAUUACCUGUGUGGAUGAUUUUAAUCCUCCGUUUGUUCACAACAAUAAAAUGGAACUGAAAUUAUCGUUGAUACAAUGCAAGUCCUAUUUUAGAUAUCAUGUUUUAAAUGUUGUGCAAAGCCCAAAAAUUGAUAAGAAUGCACGUUUAUGUCUGGCAUUAAAGCAAGCCGCCGUGAAAUUCUUUUAGACAUUAUUGAACUUAAAGAAUUUCACUGCGUCAAGAAGAUAUAAAGCGGUUCUUAUUUAAAUUUUUAGAUUUACACUAAGCCCAAAACAUGAUAUCUCAAGAGAUAUCUUCUCUUCAUUGAUAAAUCAUGAAAUCGUCAGAAUAGACUAACAUUACACUCCAUAAGUUCAACUUAAAAAAUUUUAAGAAUGAAUUAUUGUCAUCAUUCGUUAUAAAAACUCAUUAAACUUAUUAAUUUUUAAGGUAUCAGGUGAUUUUUGAAACAGUUUUCAAUCGAUCAUUAGGUUUAUUUUGUAAUCAAUUUAAAGCGGAAAUUACAAUGUCUGAUAUUAGUAUGAGGGUAUCAUGUUUAUGCUAAUAAAUUUCUGUAUAUAUGCUUAUCGCAGCCAUCUCAAAUAUAUUUACAGUAUAUGGAAUAAAUAGUUUGAAAAAAAUACAUGAAUCACGGACUGUAUGAACGAGUUGAAUCUUGAAUUAUUUUACACUUUUACUUUUCACAAAAAAAACUAUUUUGACGCAAGUAAACUACAAUAUCAUAUUUCGUCAUUAUGAAAACUAUGUAGGCUUGCGUCAAAUGUAUAUAUGCGUAAAUUUUGACGUACUCUUGAAGCGGCAAUCUUAUCGACAAAUUUAUGAUCAAUAAGAACUGGAUUUUCGGUGAUUUAUAGUUGAUACAUCAUGGUUUUUCGUUCACAAUUCUAUCAUCAUAAAUUCAAAUGUUUAAUUCUUCCAAUCUCUUUAUUUGUUUGUGGCUUUAUUAUUUUCCUUUGUGGAUUGGUGAGAACCUUUCAUGUUGGAGAAAAAAUGACAAGUGGUGAUUUCGAAAAGAAAAGUCUGCAAUCUCAAAACGAAUACGUUGAAUGGUGGAAUGGCUUUCCUCUGAUGCUUAGUGCUGCCUUAGGAAUCGUUGCUGUAUUAUAUGAGAAACCGUUAGUUUUCAAAAUCGCUGUGGUUUCAAUUGCUAUGUGUUUUGUACUAUCAAUAUUCUCGUUGAUGUUAGACGCUGGUGAACUAGCUUGGAUUUCCCGUGAUGUACAAUACAUGAAUUUCUUGAAAAUGGAAGGAUAUCAUUGCCAGGAUACGUAUCGUGUACAUCGUUAUGGUGAUCAGGUCUACAAUUUUACAGAAUGUGAAUGUAAAAUUGGCAAUGAAAGGGCUAUGGACUUUUAUGUUUGGUCUUCUUGUAAACUAUUUCUGGCUCAGUAUUAUGUCUACUUUAUGAUUGUGUUCUUUACAUCUUGUUCCUGUGGUCUCUGUUUGUUCACGCUUGCCUCUUUUGUUCUUAUUCUAAAGCGGAUUUCACAGAUAACUUCUGCCCUGAACUUGGACGAGAAGCCAUUAAACGACGACUUUGCUAAUCUUCAUGAUAAUCUCUACGCUGCAUCCUAAGUGCUUCGAUCAAAUUGAACGACAAUACAUUUUAACUGUAUCUUAUUUUGAUUUGAUAUACUGAUUCAUCAUUAUGUAUUAUUUAAUACAAGCAAUAACAUUGAUCAUGAAGGAUUGCUGUUGAUUAUAAAGUACACUUUUCUAUCUUAACUUCUAAAAUACGUAUAUAACCAAUAAUUGAAUAUUUUGAAACAAUACUAACAUUUUUCCUCGCAUUAAAGUAAGAUAGGCACCACACUGGGGAUGUUAUGCACCAAUCGGAUAAAACUUGUGUUGAACUUCGUCUUUUUUUGUUUGGUGACAUUCUGAAAACGUCGUUUGAACAUUUCAUUUUGAUAAGAUUCGUUUUGCACCAAACUCCAUUUUUAUUCCUUAAUUUUCACUCUCCCUUGUACGUAUCGUCAUUUCAUUAUGUUUGUAUGGCUGCAAUAUUAAACUACGAGUUUCACCUGUAGCGACGCUACGUGGUUUCAAACAUGAAAGGUUUGCCUUAUUCACUUGUGUUUACCAAACAAACAAACAAAAAAGUAUCAAUAAAAAUAUCAUUACGUGGGAUCAUCUCAUCUACCAUCCAGUAUAUACAAUACAUGAUGUUUUCUUUUAAGACUUUUUAUAUAAUACACAAUGAUCAAGCUGACUACCGAAACAAAAGUUGUACGCAUAUUUCUCGGUGAAUUCAACGUAGAAAUUGUCUUAUGAUAAGACUGUAAGUAUUACUAUGAACUUAUGGUUUUUUUGUCAUUAUGAAAAUAUCAUGAAUGAUUUUACAUGCAACAUGCAAUAUGUUAUGAAGCACAUGAAUAGCGUAAAUAUUUUAUUAUCGUAUCAUAUGUCCUAACUAUGAAGAUUAUGUAGCAUCUUCCUGUGCGUCAAGUGUUCUAUUUAUAUGUAAAAAAAAUAUGACCUUGAAGUGGCGGUCUGCGGGAAAGUAGCGCUCAAUGAAUGGUGGUAUUUCGAGUUUAUGUCUAAUGCAGCAUGAAACUCAAGCCUUUAAUUCUUCCAAGCUCUCUACUUCUUUGUGGCUUUGCCGUUUUUCUUUGCGGAUUGGUUAGAACCUUUUAUGUUGGAGAAACAAUGCCAAGAAAUGAUGAAGAAAAGAAACAAAUCCAAUCGAAUAAUGAAUAUGUUGAAUGGUGGAUUGGUAUUCCUCUGAUGCUUAGUGCUGUAUUGGGAAUCGUUGCUGUAUCCCGCGAGAAACCGUUUGUUCUCAAAGUUGCUGGGGCUUUGUUAGCUUUAUGCUUUAUACAGUCGUUAGUGUCGUUGAUGUUGGACUGUGCUGAGUUAUCUCAGUUAUCUGGAACUGUACAAUACAUGAAUUUCCUGAAAAUGGAAGGAUUUGCUUGCAAGAAUAAACAUUAUUCUUACAAUUUUCGUGAUCAUGUCUACAACUUUACAAAGUGUGAAUGUAAAUUGGGCGACCAAAAAGCUAUUUCUGUGGGAAGUUCUUGUGAACUGAUAGUGGCUCUGUAUACUCUUUAUUUCAUAAUCGUCAUCUUUACAUCAUGUUCCUGUGGUCUCAGUUUGUUCACGCUUGCCUCUUUUGUUCUUAUUCUCAAACGGAUUCCACAGAUCACUAAUGCAGGGAACUUUGAUGAUAAUAUCACAUUCGAGCGACGAAGAUUAAACGACAGUUCUUUUUAACUGUAUCUUAUUUUGGUUUGAUAUACCGAUUCAUCAUUAUGUAUUAUUUACCACAAGGACUAACAUUGAUCAUGAAGGAUUGCUGUUGAUUAUAUAGUACACUUUUCUAUCUUAACUUCUAAAAUACGUAUAUAGCCAAUAAUUGAAUAUUUUGAAACACUGCAAA